CAAGUACCAUCGCACACAUGCGGCGGCGGCCGCGGCCGUGCACACAUGCGCUCCGCCGCCCGCGUCCGCCUCGCGCCCAAACCGAGAGCCAACCAGCAGCCUGCUCCUCCGUUUCAGCUCGCCGCUGCCGCCGUCGCGGCGCUCGGCUCCCACCCCGACGCCUCCUCCUACGCCAGCAUCCUGCGCUCGCUCUCUAGAGAGUGCUUCGCCAGCCACGCCCACCACCCGUUCGACGCAAGUCCCCCGAGACCCCGCCACUCCCAGGCAUGCAGAGCCCUGCACGGCCGGAUACUGCGGAGCGGCCUGCCCCUCCAGGGACGCCUCGGCGACGCGCUCGUCGAGCUGUACUGCAAGUCCGGCCGUGUGGGCUAUGCCUGGGGCGCGCUGGGCUGCGUCGGCGCGAGGGCUUCAGGCGCAGCGAGCUCGGUGCUGUCCUACCAUGCACGGUCGGGGUCCCCCGGGGAUGUUCUCGAUGCGUUUCGGUGUAUAAGGUGCACUGCCGGUGGCCGGCCGGACCAGUUUGGCCUUGCGGUCGUUCUGUCGGCGUGUUCCAGGCAGCGUGUUCUUGCUUACGGCACGCAGGUGCAUUGUGAUGUGGUCAAGAGCGGAUUCUGUACCAGUGCCUUCUGCGAAGCGGCGUUGGUGGACAUGUAUGCUAAGUGUGGUGAUGUGAUCAAUGCUCGCAGGGUGUUUGAUGGGAUUGCUUGCCCAGACACAAUAUGCUGGUCAAGCAUGAUUGCUUGCUAUCAUCGGGUUGGACACUACCAGGAAGCCUUGGCUUUGUUUUCUAGGAUGGAGAAGAUGGGCUCUGCCCUGGAUCAAGUGACGCUUGUCACGGUCAUUUCCACUCUUGCAAGCUCGGGCAGGCUGGACCAAGCAACAUCUUUGCUGAAGAAGAUGCCUACACCAAGCACAGUUGCUUGGAAUGCUGUAAUCUCUACUCACGCACAAAGUGGACUCGAGUUUGAUGUGCUUGGCUUGUACAAGGAUAUGAGGAGGCAGGGAUUAUGGCCCACCAGAUCAACUUUUGCAAGCAUGCUAAGUGCAGCAGCUAACACGAAAGCCUUUGUUGAAGGCCAGCAGAUACAUGCUGCGGCAGUAAGGCAUGGCUUGGUUGCAAAUGUGUUUGUGGGAAGUUCUCUGAUCAACCUGUAUGCGAAAUGUGGCUACCUCAGUGAUGCAAAGAAUGCGUUUGACUUGUCCUGUGAAAAGAACAUUGUCAUGUGGAACGCUAUGCUCACAGGGUUUGUUCAGAACGAAUUACCAGAGGAAGCUGUUAGAAUGUUUCAGUAUAUGAGGAGGUAUGCCCUUCAAGCUGAUGAGUUUACAUUUGUGAGCAUUCUUGGUGCGUGCACUUACUUAAAUUCCUUUUAUCUUGGAAAACAAGUACACUGUGUAACAAUCAAGAACUGCAUGGAUAUAAGCUUGUUUGUUGCUAAUGCAACAUUAGAUAUGUACUCGAAAUUUGGAACGAUAGGGGAUGCAAAGGCACUGUUCAGUCUAAUCCCUUACAAGGAUUGUGUGUCCUGGAAUUCCCUUAUAGUCGGACUUGCGCAUAACCUAGAGGUGGAAGAAGCAGUUUGUAUGCUCAAAAGGAUGCGGCUGGAUGGUAUAAAACCAGAUGAUGUGUCUUUUUCUACUGCAAUCAAUGCUUGUUCCAAUAUUCUAGCCACUGAAACUGGAAGGCAGAUACACUGUCUGGCCAUCAAAUAUAAUAUCUGCUCAAACCAUGCUGUUGGUAGCUCUCUGAUUGAUUUGUAUUCAAAGCAUGGAGAUGUAGAGUCUUCUAGGAAGAUUUUGGCAGAAGUAGAUAUGAGUAGUAUAGUACCAAUAAAUGCUUUAAUUACAGGUCUUGUGCAGAACAAUAAUGAAGAUGAAGCAAUACAACUGCUUCAGCGAGUUCUAAAUGAUGGUUUAAAGCCCUCCAGUGUUACAUUUUCAAGCAUUCUUUCUGGUUGUACUGGAUCUCGCAGUUCAGUUAUUGGCAAGCAAGUUCAUUGCUACACACUGAAGUCUGGUUUAUUGUAUGAUGAUACUCUCCUUAGUGUUUCACUGGCUGGAAUAUAUUUGAAAUCAAAAAUGCUUGAGGAUGCAAAUAAACUCCUAACAGAGACGCCAGAUCACAGAAACUUGUUCGAGUGGACAGCUAUCAUUUCAGGGUAUGCUCAAAAUGGUUAUGGUGAUCACUCUUUGGUAUCAUUUUGGAGAAUGCGGCAUUGUAAUGUUUGUUCAGACGAGGCAACGUUUGCAAGUGUUCUUAAAGCCUGUUCAGAUUUAACAGCUCUGGAAGAUGGAAAAGAGAUACAUGGCCUUGUCAUUAAAUCUGGAUUUGGUUCUUAUGAAACUUCAACCAGUGCCCUCAUAGAUAUGUAUUCCAAGUGUGGGGAUGUCAUUUCUUCCUUUGAAGCCUUCAAAGAAUUGAAAAACAAACAAGACAUAAUUCCAUGGAACUCCAUGAUUGUUGGAUUUGCAAAAAAUGGUUAUGCUGAUGAGGCACUUCUGCUUUUCCAGAAGAUGGAGGAGUUGCAGAUAAAGCCUGACGAAAUUACAUUUCUAGGUGUCCUAAUUGCUUGUACUCAUUCUGGGCUAAUUUCGGAAGGUCGGCAUUUCUUUAAUUCCAUGAGAAAAGUUUAUGGAUUAACACCUAGACUAGACCAUCAUGCCUGUUUUAUUGAUCUCCUUGGACGUAGUGGCCAUCUUCAAGAGGCGCAAGAAGUUAUUAACCAGUUGCCUUUCAGACCUGAUGGUGUGGUCUGGGCCACGUAUCUUGCAGCAUGCAGAAUGCACAAGGAUGAAGAAAGAGGGAAAAUUGCAGCAAAGAAACUUGUUGAGAUGGAACCUCAAUACUCAUCUACGUAUGUGUUGCUUUCCAACUUACAUUCUGCUGCUGGUAACUGGGUUGAUGCUAAGGUAGCUAGAGAAUCAAUGCGAGAAAAAGGAGUGACGAAAUUUCCAGGAUGUAGUUGGAUCACAGUGGGAAACAAGACAAGCUCAUUUCUUGUACAGGAUAAAUAUCACCCUGAAAAUCUUAGCAUCUAUGAAAUGCUUGGUGAUCUAACUCGAAUGAUGAAGAGAGAUAACGAUAUUGAGGAGUAUGGUCUGCUUACUUCUGCUGCUUAAGAGCAAGGGCCUUGACUCAUCUGUUGGAUCAUCAAGGACCUUCAAUGCAUGCAUGUUUGGUUACUCAAGGAAUUUGAUGCCAUCAAGCAAGAUAGAUGAUUUGAUCAGCAAAUGAUACGAGCUUCAAGAAGUGGGCAUAAGAAUGGGCCUUCAAUUUCUAUUUAAAUGAUUCACAGAAAACUAUUUGGUUUGAGGACAUCUGGCUAUAUUCGGAAAAGAACCUCCAAGAGGAAGGGAAGAUCGUCAGUAAUCACAAGCAGCUCAUUUGUCAGUAGAUUACAAAUGUUUUACAUGUGCACCAGCAGAAAGUUUUAUUACCUACGCA